GGGAAUCCUCAUGUCUGCUGUCUUCAGCUAACACGUGCACGAGGCCGUUUUAUGAUAUCGACUAACUAGUGUACGGCCAUCUUUCCUAUCUCUUUCCCUGACCACCAAUGCAUUCAGCUUACCCGCAGCCUAACUUCCCUUACUAUGGUCAGCCGUACCAUACAUAUUACCCUCCUGGCUAUCAGCAUCAACAGCAGCGGCAACAACCAUUUCCUACAUCUGAUCCGUACAGUUCUCCACCAUGGCCUCGCGAAAAUUAUCAAGCCACUCAGUAUUCACAAAGCCACCUGGACCCUAACACGCCAUUCAUCCCGCCAAAUUCUGAGCCAGCCCCUCCACCACGAGUCAAGCGCGCUAGUACAACACGUCCAAAGCCUUCAUAUAACCCAGAGAAGGCCCAGCUCAAGUCCGCGAUGAAGAAGAAAGGUGGUCUUCACCGCUCAGAGACCGUUAAUGCCACCCCACCCGGUCUCGAACGUACUCGGACGACUUCGAGUGCACGCCAGCGCCUCGUGCCCAUGACACGCGCUAAUGGCAUGAGUUCUAACCCGUCCUAUCUUCCUGAACACUUGUUUGUCUCUUUUCACGGCACAAACGAGCUCCGGAUGGGCAAUGUCGCUUUCCAAGAUACCAUGGAAGAGAUAAAGGAGAACAUUAUUCCUAUGUGGCCACACGGGAUAUCCACAGCAAUCCCUGUUCAUCACGCGUUUCGGAUCCUCUUUAACAGGAAUCCUUGGAGUGCGAGUGGGGGCGAGGGCGUCAUCGCACAAAAAAUGAUAUGCGAACUAUUUACAUGCCUCGCACAUAACGGCUAUCAGUACCGUACCUCUCUCAGUACGGGCUAUUCCUAUCCUCAGCUGGUAUUUCAAGAUAGCGGCCCCGAUGAACACUGUGAUUUCUUUGCUGCACAUAUAUCGCGGUCAGGACACAGGAUGACGCUCAUCCGUCCCCCACGGCGUGUUGGCGAGCAGAUUGGUCCCCGUCUUCGGGCUGCAUGGCCAUUUAAAAUUGCUGGAGAUCGAACAAGUGAAGACGAGAUCUACACGAUUGAGCUCAAAAGGAAUGCAAUUGGCGCCCCUGAUUUAAGCAAAGACGUGUUUGCAGCAUCUGCACUGAAGGAGAUCAGUACUAUGGGCUACAAGCUUGAAGCCACGGUUCCUCUUGCGCGUACAGGGAUGCUUGGGUUUGGGAAUAAGAAGGAGAUAUGGAUAUUUCGUGGGACGAGGAUGCGUUCGCGUGCCAAUUCGCGUGCGGGUUCACGGGCUGGUCAGAAUGUUGAUCACUAAGAGGCCGAAUGCGCCGACGAACGACGCAGUUCAUCUGUGACAGAGUCCACAUACUGCCUACCCCAACGACGGGGUGUAACGAUACUGGAAACGACAUGCUCAUGAUGUAUGACUACCGUAUGUAUUUAUAGUUCUAAUUCUGCUGUAGCACAGGAAGGAUAUAAAUGGUACGUCAUGCAGACGGUGUAUCCUGCUACUUUGCGUGUGUAAUAC